CCAGCGUGUCCCCGCGUGUCCGGGUCCGGGCGUGGAGGGGCGGUGGGGUCGCGGGGCGGACUAUGAGGCGCCCACCAUGGUGCGGUGCGAGCGCGGGGUGCAGAUGGUGCUGACCACGGCCGGAGCCUUCGCCGCCUUCGCCCUCAUGGCCAUCGCCAUCGGCACCGACUACUGGCUCUACUCCAGCGCGCACGUCUGCAACGGCACCAACCUCACCGCCGACGACGGGGGAGGACCCCCCGGAGGAGGAGGACCGUCCGGAGGAGGAGGAGGACCCGGAGGGGGAGCCCAGACCCGCCGCGCCCGCGGGGACCUCACACACUCGGGCCUCUGGCGCCUCUGCUGCAUCGAAGGGGUCUAUAAAGGGCACUGCUUCCGGAUCAACCACUUCCCAGAAGACAACGAUUACGACCACGACAGCUCCGAGUACCUCCUGCGCAUCGUCCGCGCCUCGAGCGUGUUCCCCAUUCUCAGCACCAUCCUGCUGCUGCUAGGGGGACUGUGCAUCGGGGCAGGGAGGGUCUACAGCCGCAGGAACAACAUCAUUCUCAGUGCCGGGAUCCUCUUCGUGGCCGCAGGCCUGAGCAACAUCAUAGGAAUCAUCGUCUACAUUUCCAGCAACGCAGGCGAUCCCAGUGACAAGAGGGACGAAGACAAGAAAAACCAUUACCACUACGGCUGGUCUUUCUACUUUGGAGCAUUGUCUUUUAUUGUGGCCGAAACCAUAGGCGUCUUGGCUGUAAACAUAUACAUAGAAAAAAAUAAAGAGUUGAGAUUUAAGACCAAACGGGAGUUCCUUAAAACUUCUUCCUCUUCCCCUUAUGCCAGAAUGCCGAGUUACAGGUACAGGAGGAGGAGGUCAAGAUCAAGUUCUCGGUCCACGGAGCCUUCUCCCUCCCGGGACGUGUCUCCGGUUGGCAUGACGAUGGCAGGCUCCAUGCCCAUGGGAGAGUUUUCCAUGUACACCCUGUCCAGAGAACCCUUGAAAGUCACCACGGCGGCCAGUUACAGCCCGGACCAGGAAGCCAGCUUCUUACAGGUCCACAAUUUCUUCCAGAAGGAACUCAAAGAAGGGCUUCACGUCAGCAUGCUCAACCGGCGGACGACGCCAGUUUGAGGGGACAGCCCCUUUUGUUACCUGUUCGCCUCCUCCCAGAAUGGAACUUUGCUCAAAGGAAAGGUGACUGGUUUUUAAGGAAAACGCAAGCCCCUCACUCGUGGAUUCUCCCCUUAAAGAAACCUGAUACUGGAAGAGCAAACGGAUUUAUGAAUCAGUGACUGAUUUUCAGGGAAGAGGGAGUCUGUGGCUCAGG